AGCACUGUGACACGGAAGUAAACGGCUUGUAUCCAACGACAACAAACAAGCGCUGCAUUCCUUGUUAUUACAGUUCAUUACUACCACAAUCAGGCGAAAUUAAACUUUUAAAUCAUUAGCUGACGUUGGUUUUGAAGCUAAAAAUACCAUGGACAUAAACAACGAGAAGGUUCAGUCCACCAGACGAAGAGACCUCCCGCCAAUUCCACAUGCACAGAAAGUGAGUUUUGCUUGCAUGGUUCAAUGUGGAAGGUCGUUCCUGCUUUGUCUGACAAACAUCCACUCAUAGUUUUGCUCCUACCUUUACUCACUAUAACAUAUAGUCAGCACACUCGUAGCUUGGUGCAUUGUUAUAAACACAUUUACCAAAUGGUUUCAAAUAUCACAGUGAAUUCUAGACACCAGAACUCCAGGCAAACAGUGAAGGCCAAUUACAACUCCCCACUGUCCUGAAUGUGCAUAUGCGUAUAAAUCUGCUCCAAACACCUUAAAGGUCGCACUUAGCUGCGUGCUUUACUGGGGUAAUCCUGCAACUUGAUUUAGCUCUCUAAUCCCAGCUACAUGUGCGUUGGAAAGAUUAUGUUGUCUCACUCUUAUACUUAAUUGGGAAUGAGAAGAAACUACUGGUGAGUUGUCCAUACACACACCCACUUUUUAUUCUGGUAGAAGUUAGGAGUGUGUUUAAGUGUUUUCUGUUAUAAGAAGCAUCAUCGGUCUGCUUCUGUACAUGUCUCCGGUGAAAGACAGUAAUGGCGCAUGUCAUCUAAGGCUCUUCUUCUCAGUUUGUUUUUUAUUUGUCAGCGUGGACCACGUGCAUUACCGUCCUUGCCAAGACUCAGCAGAUGAGAUGCCAGUUCCAAAGACUAAGAAGAAGAAGCCCAAACGUGAAGUGGACCCAGAAGGACUCGACGUGCUUCAUGCUCCAGGAGAUGGGGGAAUUGAGAUGGGCGUUCACAGUCCGUCAGAGAGCAAGGAACGCUCGAGCCCUGAACCGCCUGAGAACCCACCACAGAAGAAGAAAAAGAAGAAGAAAUCCCAGAUUACCGAUCUGGAAGGCGACCAGGCCGGCCUGUUCCUGAACGAUGACGUCCCAGAUCCGAACGUGGAAGAGGAACCGGCACGGAAACCCAAGAGGAGGAAGGUGAAGCCUAAAGUGACAGAAACUCAGUCAAAUGAUGAGUUGGCUGUUGAAGAUGAUGACAUCAUCACUGACACACAGCCUCCGAUCCCCCAGCAUGCUCUGUUCUCCGCCCCUCAGGGGACCAGUCAGCCAGUAUCCAAAGUGUUCAUCGAGAGGGACCGUCGUUUUCAGCCAGCUGAGCGUGUAGACCGGACCAAGAUCAAUGAUGCAGUAGAGCAGAACUUCCUGGACCUCCAGUCAACCUGGACCACCAGAGACGUGUCCAUGAAAGUGCACCGUGGCUUCAGGGUGAUGGGUCUGUUCUCCCAUGGCUUCCUGGCUGGUUAUGCCACAUGGAACAUUAUUGUGCUGUAUAUUCUGGCAGGGGAGCAGAUGAGCACCCUGCCUAACUUACUUCAGCAGUACUGCAUGCUGGCGUACCCCGCACAGGCACUUUUUUACUUCCUACUGGCCAUUAGCACCGUGUCAGCCUUUGACAGAGUGAACCUGGCAAAACCAUCAGUAGGCAUGCGGAGUUUGCUCACCCUGGACCCAGUAGCACUCGCCUCCUUCUUGUAUUUCUCUGCUCUGGUCCUGUGUCUCAGUCAGCAGAUGACCAGUGAUCGCAUCAAUCUCUACACUAGUAUCAAUACUUCUCUAUGGCAACCUGGCUCUGAACACACAGUGCUGUACCCCUGGAUCAUAGUACAUUUGGUGGUCACACUUCUAGUGGGCUUAGCCUGGAUAUUGCUGUCCACCUCCCCUGCUGUGGAUUACACUGAGGAGUUCUUGAUGGCAAUGGAUAUCGAGUACCCUCAAAUGGAGAAAGGAAUCAUCACCGCCUGAGAUGUUCAACUUGUUUAUUCCUGUAUGGAAGACUGUAAAUAAAUUGUAAUACCACA